AUGUCUGAAAACGAAGGAGCAUCGUAUAAGGAGCAAAUCUUGGAGUGUGCUCGCCGUAACAAUGUGGAGCUUUUCACCACCAUCAAGCAGGAGGUCGAGCCAGACCAAUUGGCGCUGCUCCUCAACUCCACCACAGAAAUGAUCACCAACAACUCCCCCUUACACAUCGCCACCCUGCUUGGCAACUGGGAGUUCAUAGACGCGGUGUUGGACGUGGAAGGCGUGGAGAUCGAUCCGUUGAACCGAGACGGCGACACGCCGUUGCACCUAGCGGUGAAGUUUGCUGGAGACGAGCCAGAGUACGGAUACUUCAUCAUCGACAACUUGGUGGACGCCGGGUCCGACGCCAAGAUCGUCGACAGGCACGGCUUGAAGCCGGUGAAUUACGUCAGGGACAACGAGAAGCUCCGGAGCCUUUUGGAGAGUGCCGAGUACGGCUCCAUGGUUCCUGAGGUGCCCGAGGAGCCUCUGGACGACGAGGGUUCUGCUUCGGACAGCGAUUAG